CAUGAAGGCGCCACUUGGGUUGAUGGUAGACGUCCAAGUACAUGGGAUGCUUUUAGUCAUGCUCAUCCAGACAGAAUACGAGGUCGAACCAACGGCGAUGUCGCGACCGAUUCUUACCACUUAUACAAGGAUGACAUAGCGCUUGCCAAACAACUCGGUUUGGAUACUUUCAGAUUCUCGCUCUCAUGGUCCAGAAUACUGCCGUAUGGGAAGCUCAGUGGAGGUAUCAACCAAAAGGGAAUAGACCAUUAUAACAACGUUAUUGAUGAGGUCCUAGCACAAGUUGAAUCAUUGCCAAUCAUAUGUUUGUGCAGGAUUGACGCCAUUCUUGUCACUCAUGCACUUGGAUUACCCUCAAAUUUUGGAAGACGAAUACAGCGGCUUUCUAAGCACUCGCAUGGUGUAAUUAUGCCCAAACCCAAACUGAUUCCACCAACAAAACCGCUACAUAAAUCCAAUAAAAUAUCAAACCAACGUAAAAGACAAUAUAAUAAUUUGUUUGGAAAUUUCAGGGACGAUUUUAGAGAUUACGCUGAUGUUUGCUUCAAGGCAUUUGGUGACCGAAUCAAAUAUUGGGUCACUAUAAACGAGCCGAGGACUCUGAUACUAGGCGGCUACGACGUCGGCGAUAUGGCACCGGGACACUGCACCAGCCUUUCCAACUGGACUUGCGACGCCGGAAACUCCUCGACGGAACCCUACAUUGUAGCCCACAACCAACUUCUUGCUCACGCAGCUGCCGUUCAGUUGUACAGACAAAAAUACCAGGCAACUCAGAAAGGAAUCAUCGGAAUAUCAAUGAAUGCGGACUGGAUCAUCCCAUACAGCUCGAGUAAAGGCGACAUUCAAGCAGCCAAAAGAGCCCUUGAUUUCACUUUUGGAUGGUUCAUGGACCCAAUAUACAAGGGUGACUAUCCAGAGAACAUGAAACGAUAUGUUGGGGAUCGAAUGCCGAGAUUUUCGAAACAAGAAUCGACAUUGUUGAAAGGGUCAUACGACUUCCUUGGGAUCAACUAUUAUACUACCCAAUACGCACUUGAUCGGGUUGACUAUAGCGAUCCUCGUCACCCAAAUGGCUACGAUGCUCAUGUCCAACUUUCUUGA